AUGUCGAAGACAAUAGAUAGAUCUAUGAUAUAUGAGCUAGAGGCAGCGGAAGAAAGAGCCAGUGCUCGUGGUAGUGAGGAGAAUGAAAGGUCCGACGGACAAGAUAUAGCAGAACCAGUUGCAGAUUCACAAUCUAUUAAGGAUGAAUACCCCGAUGGAGGAAAGAAGGCAUAUAGUGUACUUUUAGGAAGCUUUCUUGGUCUUAUUUCAAACUUAGGAGUUAUUAAUUCAAUUGGUGCUAUACAGGCGCAUGUUUCAACUAAUCAGUUACUCCACGUGAAAACAUCUACUGUAUCUUGGAUUUUUUCAAUUUAUCUUGCCUUGGCAUACGCAAUUGGUCUUUUCAUUGGUCCCAUAUUUGACCGAAAAGGUCCUCGAUGGUUACUUGUAUCUGCCACUGUAUUGAUUACUGUGGGGUUCAUUGCUACUGCAAAUAGCACAAAUGUUUGGCAAUUUAUUUUAAGUUUAUCUAUAUGUGUUGGCGUUGGUAAUGGUAUUGCCAUGACUCCCUUAGUGGGAGUAAUUAACCAUUGGUUUUUUGUCAAGAGAGGAAAUGCUACUGGAAUUGCCACCAGUGGGGGAUCUGUGGGAGGUUUGGUAAUUCCAUUGAUGUUGAGACUGUUAUAUGUUAAAUAUGGGUUUCAAUGGGCAAUUAGAAUUCUUGCCUUUUUCUGUUUGGCGUGUAUGGUAUCAGCAGUAUUGUUAGUAGAGGAGAGAGUAACCAAAACCAAGGAGGAAGUGGAAGAAGAGGAAAGACAAGCAGAGGAAAUUGUUCAUUCAAAAAUAAAGGGUAACUCAAUUUUUCUUCCUGUUAUUAAAGUUUUUAAAUCUUUAAGUUUUAAAUCACUUAAGGAACCAAAUUAUUCAUUCUUAAUUGCAGGUGCUUUCAGUGCUGAAUUAUCUUUAAUUCUUAUUGUUACUUACUUUGCAACUUAUGCAAUUGCACAAGGAAUUUCAGAAUCAACGUCAUAUAUCCUCCUUACUGUCUGGAACAGUACAGGUAUACUUGGAAGGUGGAUUCCUGGUUAUUUAUCAGAUAAAUUUGGUAAAUUCAAUAUGAAUAUUUUAAUGUUGACUGGGUUAAACUUCUCUAUAUUCGUUGUUUGGCUCCCAUUCGGAAGUAGUUUAAAGGCUCUUUAUGCAUUUGCUGCCUUAGGUGGUUUCUUUCUGGGACUGAUAUUAUCCAUGUUACCUUCAUGUUUGGGCCAAAUUAGUCCUGUUAGGGAAUUCGGAGGUAGGUAUGGACUUUUACUGUUCUUUCUUAGUUUUGGUAAUUUAAUUGGUGUUCCAAUUGGUGCUAGUAUUAUUGGUGAUGGGUCUCAACAUAAUUAUGAUAUGUUUGUUGUUUUAGUAGGGAUACUAUCUACAUUGGGUACCGUAUUCUGGGCCGUUAGUAGAUACUAUAUUGUUGGUACACGAUUGAAUGUGAUUGUUUGAACCAAAAUAUCUAUAUAUCUAUAUAUUCGUGAUAUUUAU